CAGCGGGCCUGGCGUCGGAAGGGCCCUCCUGGCGCGGGAAUGGUUAUGGACUCUUUCACCGACAGAACGAAAGUCGUCGCCGCGUCCCUUUGUGAAGCCCCGUCAGUCGCUGCUCGCCCUUUGGCACCCGCGCAGCCCGUCACGUGAAGGGAGGCGCGCGGCCCACCCCGGCCCGCCGCGCCCCACCACGCCCCGCCGCGCCCCGCCCCGCCACGCACCUUUGGGGCGCGGCGCCAAGCAGUCACUAAAGCAGCGCACCACAUGACCGGACAUGGAGCCGCGCAAGAGGAGCACCGCCAGCCUGGGGUCACUCGGCGGGCCUCCCCGCCCGGUCCCGGACGGUGUGGGGGGCUCCGUGUCGGUGCAGGUGGACGGCGGCGAGGGGGCGGCCCAGCAGCAGGGUGCGCCGCGGAACAUCAAGAUGCCCGCCCUGCCGCGGCCGCUCAGCCUGGAGGAAAAGCGCUUCCUGCUCGCCGUGGAGCGCGGUGACAUCGCCGCGGUGCGCAGGAUGAUCCAGCGCUCGGAGCGCACCAAGUCGCUCAACAUCAACUGCGUGGACCCGCUGGGCAGGGGUGCCCUCUCAAUCGCCAUCGACGGCGAGAACUUCGACAUGGUGCAGCUGCUGGUCGUGAUGGGCGUGACGACGGGCGACGCGCUGCUCAUCGCCAUCGACGCGGGCUUCGUGGAGGUGGUGGAGCUGCUGCUGGAGCAUGAGGAGCUGGUUCACAAGGACGGCGAGCCCUACAGCUGGGAGAAAGUGGACUGGAACGUGGCCAUGUUCACGCCGGACAUCACGCCGCUCAUACUGGCCGCCCACCGCAACAACUACGAGAUCCUCAAGAUCCUGCUCGACCGCGGCGCUACCCUGCCCAUGCCGCACGACGUGAAGUGCGGCUGCGACGCCUGUCUGCGGGAACAGCGCGUGGACUCGCUGCAGCACUCGGCCGCCCGCCUGUCUGAGUACCGCGCGCUGUCCAGCCCCUCCCUCAUGGCCCUGUCCUCGGCCGACCCGCUGCUCACCACCUUCCAGCUGUCCUGGGAGCUCCGUGGCCUCGCCACCGCCGAGCCCGAGUCGCGGGCCGACUACCUGGAGCUGCGCAAGAGCUGCCAGCAGUUCGCCGUCGACCUGCUGCAGCAGAUACGCUCCUCCACCGAGCUGGCCGUCAUCCUGAACCACGACCCCACCAGCCCGCCGUACGAGGACGGCGAGCACAUGAAGCUGGCCCGCCUCGAGCUCGCCAUCCUGUACAAGCAGAAAAAGUUCGUCGCGCACCCCAAGGUGCAGCAGCUCCUCGCCUCGCUGUGGUACGAGGGCCUGCCGGGCUUCCGGAGGAAGGGGCUGCUGGGCAAGUUCCAGGACCUGGCGCUCAUCGCCCUCCUGUUCCCCUUCUACUGCCUGCUCUACAUGGUGGCGCCCACGUCCAAGAUCGGCCAGCACGUCCGCAAGCCCUUCAUCAAGUUCCUGCUGCACGCCUCGUCCUAUCUCUUCUUCCUGCUCAUCCUGAUCCUGGUGUCGCAGCGGCUGGACGUCAAGGUAAUGGCGUUCUUCGGCAGCACGGACAUGAUCGAGCGGCAGCGGGGGAACCCGCCGGCCCCCCUCGAGUGGGUCGUCUUCGUCUACGUUCUCGGGUUCAUCUGGGAGGAGACGGCGGAGAUGCUGCGGGAGGGGAUGCGGCGCUACCUGCGCAACCUGUGGAACUUCAUCGACUUCUCCCGCAACCUGCUGUACGUGCUGUGCUUCAUGUCGCGCGGCGCGGCCUACCUGCAGCAGCGCGAGGAGGUGGCCGCCGACCCGCAGAGCGCCUUCAUCCCCCGCGAGCGCUGGUCCGAGUUCGACCCGCAGCUGGUCGCGGACGGCCUGUUCGCCGCCGCCAACAUCCUGAGCGCCCUCAAGCUGGUCCACCUCUUCUCCAUCAACCCGCACCUCGGCCCGCUGCAGAUAUCGCUGGGCCGGAUGGUGAACGACAUCGUCAAGUUCCUUUUCAUCUACAGUCUCGUGCUGUUUGCCUUCGCCUGUGGGAUGAACCAGCUUCUGUGGUACUUUGCGGAAUUGGAGCGACAGCGCUGCUACAGCCUGCCCAACAACCAGCCCAACUGGGACGAGCACGCGGACUCCUGCACCAAGUGGCGUAGCUUUGCAAAGUACGGCAGGUUAUGAAAACUAUUUUCGAAACUGACAGUGACUAACACCGCAUAAUUUUCUCUAGCCUACUAUGAUUAUUUAAAUUAUCAUACACAUAAUUACCCCACACCGUAAAUGCUUAAGGUACAAGAGCGUACGAUUUUAAGGUAGGGCAGAACCGAUGUACGUUAAGUAAGGUACGGGAUUCCCGUACCUUACGGCUAAGGUACGGGCGUGCGGGCUUGGCGGGCGCUCCCCCC